UUACGUAUGCUACUGUAUGCAUGUACUUAUAAUAAGGUGUCAUGGCGAAUAAACGUCAGUGCGUAUCUAAGCAGCAUUUGUUUCACUCGUCCCGUUCCGAUACACAACAGUGGCGACGAUCUACCCGCGUGUUCAAAAAAAGUGACAAGUGGCGGACAUGAAUUCGUCUCAAAUCGGGAUUUUGACGAAUUUUGACCACAACACACAAACGUGGAAAGUGUAUAAAGCGCGUAUACAACAGUGGUUCAUAGCUAAUGGCAUCGAUGAAAAAAGUGACGCGACCGGAACGAAGCGACGGGCGGUAUUGCUGAGCGCACUCAGCGAUGCCACUUACAAGUUGGCAUCAGAUUUGGCAUUGCCAAAAGAGCUCCAAGUUGUUCCAUAUGCCGACAUAUGUUCGCUUUUGGACAAUCAUUUUACGCCAACAACUUGUGGGUUUCACGAGAGAUUUAAAUUUUAUUCGGCGAUGCAAAAUGAAGGGGAGACCUACCCCCAAUUUGCGGCAAGACUUCGCGGCCUAACAGCAGAAUGCGGGUUUCUAAACGUGGAGGAGGCAUUGAAAGACCGAUUUGUAAUGGGAAUGCUUCCAGGAUCGGAGCGAGAAAAAUUAUUCGCUCAGAACCCAGCUGAUUUGACUCUUUCUAAGGCGGUGGAACUGGCAGAAAGCCGAAGAUGUGCGCGCGCGGGGGCAACCAAGGUCACCGGGCAGGAGCCCUCGAGCGCUAGUCAAAUGUUCAAGGUUGCAUCGAAAGAUCAAAAAAGUGCUAAAGUGUUGUGUUCCGUUUGUGGUUUUAACAAUCACACGGCCGAAAAGUGUCGUUUUGCUAACCAUAAGUGUCGAAAAUGUCAGGUUAAAGGUCAUUUGCGCCGUAUGUGCAAAAAAAUUAAUUACGUAAGUGAGGUCUGCGGGGACGAUGACGGCGAUGACGUGUUCACAGAGUAAAUCCUUUGGUGGAAAAAAACGCCCAUUUUUUAAGCCUGGUGAUUAUGUAAUGUAUAAAAAAAAUUAUGGCAACAAAAAAUUUACUUGGAACAAAGGCAUAAUAGUAAAACAAAUUGGUAGAACAAUAUACUUAGUUAAGGAUCAUGUUACGUUAGUGCAAGUAAAAAAGCAUGUAAAUCAACUUGUACCGAUUAAAGGAAUGGACGUCAACAGAUUCCGUUACCCCAGUCAUCAGAGUUUAGAUGAAACAGAAGAACCCUCUGUCAACGACAGUUGUGCUACCAAUGAGAUCGAGUAUUCCUCACCGGUGGCAAGCGGCAGUCAUGAGCCUGAGCCUGCCUCGUCUUCGCCAGCUGAAAUGGGAGAGGAAGAUGGUACCUCGGACGGGUCCACCCAGGUUGCUACUUCAGGCGGAGAAGUUGAGGAAUUUUUUGAGACCUCUGAUGACAAUGUUCAGUCGCAGCAGGUAGCUACCCCCGCUGACCAGAGUUCAAGGGGCGGGUUGUCAGACAUGUUGUUGCGUCCACUUCCCCGAACGGAUUAUAAACCUUUUUAUUGUAUGAAUUAUACGAACUGUAACUUAGAUUAAGAAGCUUACUCUCUAUUAAAAACGGGGAGAAAUGUUACGUAUGCUACUGUAUGCAUGUACUUAUAAUAAGGUGUCAUGGCGAAUAAACGUCAGUGCGUAUCUAAGCA